GUUGAGGGUCAUGGAGUGAGAAAGUGGCCACCACCCCGUCAUCAAACCAGGGAAAAUUUUAUAAAUUCAUCCUCACACAAAAGAAAAAAAAGAAAAGAAAAAAAGAAAAGUUAAAAGGGUGGAAGAAAAGUGAAUCCAGUCCUUGCAAGGAAGAACCGGAUUCAAAGUUUGAAGAGAGAGAGACAGAGAGAGAAGGAAAAGAAAGACAAUGAAGGAAAAAAGUAGUUGGUAUACCAGGGGAGAGGAGGGAGAGAGAGAAGACUAAUUCCUUCUCUCCUUCUUCUCCUUUUUGCACAGAAACAGCUUUGUGAAGGUGCUGGAAGGUGAGAUGGUUGGCCAAGGAAGUAGCUUGUGAAAGAGUAAAGACUCAAGAGUCAAGACCCAUCACUUUUCUUUCCGGUUGAAGAAGCUUCACUGAUGAAGGUUCUGAAGCCUGAAUUUUAGUGAAGGGUGAUAUAGUGAUGCUUGGAGCAUGGGAAAGAAAGGGAGUUGGUUUUCUGCAAUCAAGAGAGUUCUUGUACCCAACUCUAAAGAGAAGAUAGCCAAUGGACCAGAGAAAAGAACUGUGAAGGAAAAGAAGAAGUGGGGGCUAGGAAAGUUAAGGCAUGGAGAUGGCAAUUCAUUCAUACCUCUCUAUAGAGAGCCAAGCAGCAUCGAGAAAAUAUUGGGAGAUGUCGAAAGAGAACAGCAAAAGGUUCAUCAAAUGUCUUCUGAUCAACAGCAAAAGUUUCAGCCCUCCAUACCUUCCAUUCAUCCAAUUUCUGCAGAUCCACAACAAAAGGUUCAUGUUUCCAUACCUUCCCUGCCACCUAUUGCCGUUGAUCAACAACAGAAAGCUCAAACUUCCACACCUUUCUCGCAAUCAAAGUCUACCGAUCAACAACAAAAGGUUCCUCCUUCCACAGCUACCAUGCCUUCCAGGGUUGUUAAUCAACAUAAAGAAAUUCAAUACAAUGCAACACACCCUCCUAAGAAUAUCAAUACUUCAGCUAUAAAGAUCCAAACAGCCUAUAGAGGUUACAUGGCUAGGAGGAGCUACCGAGCUCUCAAGGGUCUAGUAAGGCUACAGGGAGUGAUGCGAGGACAGAGUGUGAGACGACAGACCAUCAAUGCAAUGAGGUGCAUGCAACUCCUAGUUAGAGUCCAAACACAAAUACAAUCUCGGAGGAUCCAGAUGCUGGAAAUCCAGGCUCUCGAAAGGCAGACUCUACAUAGGAGCGAGAAGGAUGUAGAGAGUAGCUUAGGAAGGUGGACUCUAACAUCUGAGACAGGUCAACAAGACUGGGAUGAUAGCUUACUUCCAAAAGAGGAAAUAGAUGCAAGGUUUCGAAGAAAGGUGGAAGCUGUCAUGAAGAGAGAGAGGGCACAGGCCUAUGCAUAUUCACACCAGUUAUGGAAGGCCCCUCUUAAAUCAGCUCAUACAGCCCUUAUGGAUAUCAGAUCAGGAGGACUCCCCUGGUGGUGGAACUGGAUGGAACGACAACUUCCAGGAUAUCAGAUCUCUGAAAGCCAAACAAUUCCUGCAAAGAAUGGUCUAACACCAUCCAAGCCCAUUUCAGAGCACAGUCCACUACCACAAUCAAGUAACUACAGGCAAGGAAGGUUUGGCUUUGAGAACCUUGAGGCCCUUACACCAAGAUCUUCAAAAUCAUCCAUGCCCACAAGAACGAAACUUAGAGCAACUCUAUCAAGCCAAGCGCCACAAACAAGUAGCUCCACCCCAGUGAAGCAUCUGAAGCGAAGAACAAGUGCAUCUGAAGUUUAUACAUUGAGAGAUGAUGAGAGCCUUACAAGCUGCCCACCAUUUUCCAUGCCCAAUUACAUGGCACCAACAAUUUCUGCUAAAGCAAAAGUGAGAACUCUUAGCAAUCUCAAAGAAGGAUCACCAACUCCAAGUCAAGAAGCAAAGAGACGACUAUCUUUUCCUUUAACCCAAAGCAUUGGAUCUCUGAGGUGGAACAAGGGCUCUCUGUUCUCAAGCAAGGAUUCCAUGUCUCAAAGGAUAUCAGGGAAGCAUAAGUCUACCCCUUCAAUAGGUAAUUUGAGUGUGGAUUCCACCAUAUCUUUGCCUGUUGGAGUUGGAAGGAAGCCAUUCAAGUGAAUUGUGUGAUUUUUCUAUCUUUAGUCUUAUAUUUCUUUUUCUAUUUUAUUAUUUUUUCCUUCUUUGAUGGGUGUUUUGCUUGAGAUGUUUAACUAAAGUCUUGUAUAAUUAGUGCUUGUAUCAGAAAUAAUAAAGCAACAUUAGGGAGUGAUAAAUUGAAUACAGAGAUCCUCACAAUUAAAUUGUACUGAUGUUUUUUUAUCAAUAUUGUACUGAUGUUUUUCCUCUGUCU